AGUUACUCAACAAAAAGCAAGUGUCAGCUAUGACAACACUCAAAUAUCAGCCCCUUAUACAGGCGCGAGAGAUUCGACUCAUUGACAUCUUUCCUGGAAACACGUCCGAUAUAGUACGAGUCCAUCUCUACCACAGCAUUCUAAGCCAAGAAAACCCGCCUCACUAUGAAGCCCUGUCGUACGUAUGGGGCUCUGCUGACGAUCGAGUCGCGGUCGAGGUUCAGCUUGCGGAUUCGGCUGCUGGUGUUGCUCACCUCGCAAGGUUGAUGGUCACGCCGAACCUAACGACGGCGUUGAGACACCUACGUUACCCAGACCGGCCACGUACUGUCUGGGCAGAUGCUAUCUGCAUUAACCAGGAAGACCACGCCGAACGGUCCAGGCAGGUCCUGUUAAUGGCGGAUGUCUACCACCGUGCGAACAGGGUCAUCGCUUUCCUUGGGCCCGAAUGCGACGACAGCACAUACGCCCUUGACACCCUGGAGCAUGUGGGCGCCAUGGUGCAAGUCAACUUUGCCAAUGGCGAUGUGAGUCCAUCUCUUGCAGGUGGUGAUGAGCUGCACUGGGCGGACAUGCAGCAGCCUCCGCCAUUCGGCCAUCGCGCAAUGCUCGCCAUUUACCACCUGAUUGAUCGCGAAUGGUUUGACCGAGUCUGGAUCCGACAGGAAAUUGGACUGGGCUACCGUGGCGCAGUGCUGCUGUGCGGCAAUAAACAGACCCCAUGGCAGCACUUUUCGCGCGCUGUCUUCACGCUCCGGCGCAAGCCUUUAACCCAUGAAGGACUAAUGGGUGUUUUGGACGCAGCUCAGAGGCGAGCUUUCGGAGACCGCCUCAGCAGGGUCGAUACAGUCGCCUUGUAUUCGGUUCGCGGGUUUCGGCUGGCGAACCUUCGGAGACAGAUCGCAGGGUCGCGCUGUUCGGACGCUCGAGACCGGAUAUACGGCGUGCUGGGCAGCCUCCGCGAGGUAGAGCGCGGCAUCGGAAUCGUCCCCGACUAUACGCUUACAGUUGCUGAGGUCUAUACCGACGCCGCGCGCAAGCAGAUGCUGCACACGGGGGGGCUCACGCUCUUCAGCCAGUGUGAUCUCAGCGCAAGGCCACGCUUCCCUGAACUGCCCAGCUGGGUCCCCGACUGGUCGACCGAGUUGUCGUCUUCCAUUAUGCACGCCUUUGUACCGCUGCUGCUAUCCGACUUGCCUGCCUUUGAUCUAAUCGAUGGCCGCCUGAUUCGUGCUUGGGGUAUCCGCUGCGGAACGGUAAGCCGAGUCAUUCCAAUCAGCGAGGUGCUGUCGGAUAAAGGAAGCAGCCUUGCGGAUGUCAUGCUGGAGAUGCGGAGAGUAUUCCACGACGCGUACAAGGCCGUUGCCGCUCAAUGCAGCCACGAGGGGUUUCUGACGGCCUUUGCUCGCGCUCUCUGGCUUGGCGAUUUUGCCGACCGAUGGUUCCCUGCUUCGUCUCACCGGCCGCCAUUCGAGGACUGCGUUGCUCUGACUGCUGCCAUUGUGGGCGAGUGGCCUGGCCAUGGCAAAAUACCCACGCUGCCGUUUUCUGAUCCCGUCGCCGCUCUAUAUCUCGAUAUCGUCCGCGACGCUUGUAGAACCCGCGCGUUAUUGCUAGCACAAGACGGAUACGUCGGUCUGGCGCCAGGAACGACUGCGGUCGGCGAUGACGUGGUCAUGUUAUUCGGAUGUAAUGCGCCCAUAGUAGUGCGUUCUGCUGCUACCAAUGCCGUCUAUCCACAAUCAUCUGGCCAUGACCCUUUAAUAUCGCAUACGCAGUACCGCGUAGUGGGCGAGUGCUUCGUCCAUGGCAUGAUGGACGGCGAGAUCAUCCUCGGAGAUCUGCCCCAUAACGUCCACAGUCAGUUCAAUGCGCUCAAGUUUGAUCGCAGUGCGAGAUACAUUGACGUAAAAACGAAAAUAGCGCGCGAGGAAGAUCCAAGAACGCAAUCUUUCUUGGCUAGACUGGUGGAGAAAGAGAUUUUGAGUCUUCCGACCUUGGAGUGUUUUGAAAAGUUUGGAAAGAUGAAGGCAUUGACAAAAGCAGGGUACAAUGUGCAAACUUUUGAUCUUAUUUAGGCUUUACUUAUGGUACUGAGUCGUUCUAGCCCAAAUAUAUGUCGCAAGGUCCAAUUACU